AUCAGUCGCUGUUUUGCGAUCGCAGAGGUUUCGUGUGCCGAAAUGGAGCUGCAGAGUGUCCUCGAAAAAUGCGGCAACUUCGGCCCCUAUCAAAUCCUUCUGCUGGGUCUCUUCGGAUACACGAACAUCGUGUCCUCGCUGCACUAUUUUUCACAGACCAUCAUUAGUUUUACGCCAUCGCACAGUUGCUCGUUACCAAAAGAAGACUUCGAGCAGAAUUCCAAUUAUUCCACAUCCCUGUUGACCUGCAAUAUAAUUCAAUACGAUGACGAUCUGUCCUCUUUUCGAGACUACAAAUGCUCCUCCUGGGAUUUCGAAAGGGAAAGCAACUACGAGAGCGUUACUACAGAGCUCGAGUGGGUCUGCGACGAUGCCUACAAACUGGCGGUGGGUCAGUCCUUCUUCUUUAUUGGCUCCGCCCUGGGCAGCAUAUUCUUCGGAUAUCUGGCCGAUCGCAUAGGACGUCUGCCUGCCUGUGUUUUGUCGACCUUGACUGGAGCCUCUGGUGAUUUCUUCACCUCCUUCGUGGGAGAUCUACCCUGGUUCUCCUUCACCCGCUUUAUUUCCGGUCUCUCUAUGGACACACAGUAUGUCCUGAUGUAUAUUUUGGUUUUCGAGUACUUGAGCCCCAAACACCGCACAUUCGGGCUUAACAUAAUCCUGGGAGUCUUCUAUUGCGUUGGCCUGAUGAUAUCCCCCUGGAUUGCCAUUUGGCUGGGCAACUGGCGGAGUUAUCUAUGGGCUGCCUCUCUUCCAGCCCUGGGCAUGCUGCUCUACCCUGUAUGCCUCCAUGAAAGCGCCGAGUGGCUGUUGACCAAGGGAAAGUUCGACAAGGCAGUUAGCAAUCUAAAAAGCGUCGCCAAGUUCAACGGUCGCCAAGUGGAAGACUCUGUUUUUGAUAAGUUCAUCAAGCACUAUCGCGAGAAGUUGAACAAUUCGCAGAAUAAAUCUUCGGACACUUUUAUGGGAAUGCUUCGGACACCAAGACUGAGAAAGUUCACCAUUAUUCUAUUAAUAAAAUCAGUGAUCAUCACAAUUGCAUUCGAUAUUCUGAGUCGAAAUGUAGAAGGCGUGGGAAUAUCACCCUUCAAGCUCUUCUCCUACUCGGGAUUUUGCUACCUGCCCGCCGGUCUCGCCAUUAUCCUGUUCCAGAACAGGAUCGGACGAAAGGGAAUGGCCUGUGCCUCGCUCCUUGUGGGAGCCAUCAUCACAGCGGCCACUGGUUACUUGGUGGCCACCCUUGAUCCAGCCAACUAUUCGGUUCUUCUGGGAUUUAUGGUGAGCCUGGGAAGAUUCGGGGCGGUGGUGGCCUACGAUGCGGAGGCCCAGUACGCGGCGGAAAUCAUUCCUACUAGUGUGCGAGGACGUGGAGUGGCCAACAUCCAUGUGGUGGGCAACGCAUUCGCUUUCUUCAGCUCCUACGUAAUCUACUUGGGAACUUUCUACAGACCGCUGCCAUCUCUUCUGAUCAGUUUCGUUCUCCUAAUCGGCAGUUGUUUGUGUCUGGCUCUUCCGGAGACACUGCACAAGCAACUCCCACAGACUCUCGAGGAGGGCGAGGUAUUUGCCAAGGGCGAGAAAUGGUAUUUCUUUCCGUGCUUUUCACGCAGACAGCAAACAAAGAAGUCAGCAUCUCAGUUGGAGUCAGCCAACGAAAUUACAAAGUAGUUAUAAUAAAUGUAUUAGAUUUAUAAUAAAAGCAUUAACUUUUUUUUACAAAAGAAUACAAAAAAUAUCAAAACAUG